AUGCCGUUGAGCUCAAUACUCAUGUCCACUCUCUCCUCUCUCUACUUCCCACCAAAAUCCCUUUUUCCCAAAGCCUACUCUACCGCUAAUGCUUUCAGGCACUUCGUUUCUAUACCUCGACCGUUGUUUACGAAUUUCCGGCCGCUGUCUCUAUCCGCCCCCUCGGCUGUUGAAUCGGAACCCUUGUCUUCACCAUCAAUUACUCCCGCCGUGAAGACGAUUGACCCUCUGUACUUGUCAUGUUGUUUGCCGGAAAGGAAGCCUCUGAAAGUGGCGGUCCUUAUCAGCGGCGGCGUCGACAGCAGCGUUGCCCUCCGCCUACUCCACGCCGCCGGUCAUUCCUGCACCGGAUUUUACCUCAAAAUAUGGUUUCAAGAAGACUUUGACAACUUCUGGUCUGAAUGCCCCUGGGAAGAAGAUUUGAAGUAUGCAAGAGCUGUUUGUGAUCAGGUCGAUGUACCUCUAGAAGUUGUGCAUUUGACUGAUGAAUACUGGAAUAAUGUGGUAUCAUAUAUUAUCGAUGAAUAUCGAUAUGGCCGCACUCCAAAUCCAGAUGUGCUCUGCAAUACAAGAAUUAAGUUUGGUGCAUUCGUAGAAGCCAUAGGCGGCAUGUCGUUUGACUUCAUUGCCUCUGGACAUUACGCAAAGGUUGUUCACUCGGAUAGUGGGGAUAAAGAUGGGUCGUCUUCUUUAAAAUUGUCCAAAGAUAUGAAAGUCGGCGACAAGAAGGGAAGGAGUUACCAGCGCUACUCGAGGAACGUCGGGGCCGGCAGGAAUUAG